UCUAGAUAAGAUAACAGGGGUGGCAAUACUUGCCAUAUUACCCCACUCUCCCCUAUUCCUAAACUCUGGUACUUCUACUUUUACUCAAAUACACGAUCUGAGUACUUCUCCACUUCUGAGUGUGACCUUACUGAAAAGAUCAUGUUGUUCAUUCCUGGUUUUGUUGCGUGAGCAAUUCACGUGCAAUCUGUGCGUGAUAAACCUGCCCUGAAACGAAAGUGAAAGAAAAGCUUCUUUAAAAAGUAAACCAUCACAUCAGUUUCCGAGUAAGAGAUAUUCAAGUGGAUUUAAUGGAACUAUAAAGGAUAUCGUUGCAGUACCUUUUUUUUCUUUUUAUUUCCGUUUUUGAAACAGCCUUGAUGUUAUUAGGACAAUAUUUCGUAACAUCAUGGAAAAUGCUGACGAGAUGAACCAUUGGCAGGAGACUGCAGUCAAUGGGAAACAUUAUGAGUGGCAGCUGUCAAAUGGACAUCUAUGGCUGCCAAUCGACAAUGACCAUUUGAUCGAGACCCACUACUGCCAACCUGGAGCUAAAGGAAUCACCAUCAACUUCAAACAUAUGAAGGUGUUCAUAGAAUUUGAUGAGCUGCUGACUCAGAAUGUAGAUCUGAAGGUGCAGAGACUGAGUUUCCUCCCUCAGGGCCAGACGGAGGACAUAGGCUGGUACUUCAGAGAUGACCAGCUGUGGCGUGAAUUUGGAUCCCAGAGCUCCAACAUGCAGUCCUCGUCCAUCAGCAGUGGAGAUGUGGAGCGUCAGUUCACUCUUAACCCUCGAGGAUCUUUCAACUUCACAGUGUGCUCCUCAAGCUACUCACUCGACUUCUCAAUCAUGACACAAACAAACUGCGUCACAGGCCUGCGCAGAAAUCUACGAAGGCGUCCAAAAUUCACUUUCAACGCAGAGAGCCGUUCCUCCACUUCAGCUUCCUCCUCCAAGCUCACAGGUGGAGGCUACAGGUGGGAGUUCAUGGGAGACGAGGGUAUAUGGACUGAAUACAAAGCAAAUGUAUGUUCAUUUGAUAGCGCUGCCCUUGAGAGACAAUACCAGCUGAAUCCUCAGGGCCAACAUCCCUUCAAGAUCAGAGGAUUUUCAUACACGCUCGACUUCUCUAGCAUGAGUCAAGUCAAUGACACUAUCGGGACCAGGAGAGCAGUGAGGAGGACUGCUGACUCUGGGAGUCAACAGGACAGCAGUUUGGGCACUUCACCACGAUGGCAGUUUCAGGAUAUCGGUGGAAUGUGGAAAGAUUAUUUAAAUUCCAAAAGCAGCAUUUCCAGUCAGGACAUUGAGCGGCAGCACCAACAGACCCCGUCAGGCUCCAUGAAGUUUACCGCCAACAGGUUUAGCUAUGAGCUAAACUUCUCAGCCAUGACUCAGAAGAACAUGUCUACAACCACCACCCGAUCAGUGAGGAGACUCAGCCAGUGACUGUGGGACGUCAACAGAUGUAGAAGUUGUCUUAAUGUUGAUCCUCACACUGACCUCACUUCCUGCCUCAGGUUGUCUCUCAAUAGAAUUAUUCUGCAUUGAUUUUCACAAACUGUCUUUCAUUUUGCUUAUUGAAUGACACAAUAGGAUUACUUUAAACAUGAAGUUGUCAGGGAUUUUUCAUAUUGACUAAUUUAAAGGGGACCUAUCAUGCAAAAUGCACUUUUGUACGUCUUUUAUACAUGAAUAUGUGUCCCCGGUGUGUCAGGGAACUCACCAAGUGUCAGAAAACACAACCCUCUCUCUUUUCCUCCAUACCCAAAUCUCUAAAAACGGGGCUGUAACGGAUCUGAUACAGACUGAUCCAGAUUUGAAAUAUCUCUGACGUCAGAAACAAGGAGCUCCGCCUAUAUGGGAAACUC